UGCAGUGUGAAUGUCUUUUUCCUUCAUGCAAUGAUAAGUGAUAUAAUUAAUCCCCUGCAUGCUCCCCUAUAUAAACCCAAGUACUUGGAACUCUCUUCUCAUCCCAAACAAGCUCGAAUUAGUAGCUUAACGAUACAGCUAGCUAGCUAUACUUCAUGGCUUCUUCCUUGGCGGUGUUCCAUGCCUCUUUCCUCGUCAUACUACUUUCUAUAGCUUGCAUAAAUGCGCAGCUCUACACUUCCUUCUAUUCAUCUUCAUGCCCGAACAUCUUUUCGACAGUGAAGCCAGUCGUUCAAUCUGCUAUUUCAAGGGAGAAGCGCAUGGGCGCCUCACUUCUUCGCCUCUUCUUCCACGAUUGCUUCGUUAAUGGCUGUGACGGAUCACUGCUGUUAGAUGACACGAACAGCUUCACCGGGGAGAAGACGGCCAAUUCAAAUAGAAACUCAGUUAGAGGAUUUGACGUUGUGGAUGGCAUAAAAAGUGCAGUGGAGAAGGCCUGUCCCGGUGUGGUCUCCUGUGCUGACAUCUUAGCGAUUACUGCAAGAGAUGCAGUAGUAACUCUUGGAGGGCCAAAUUGGGAGGUGAAGCUGGGGAGAAGGGAUUCGAGGACUGCGAGCCUCUCAGCGGCCAACAACAACAUCCCUCCUCCAACCUCCAACCUCGGCAGCCUCAUCUCCAAGUUCUCGGCGCAGGGGCUUUCGGCUCAGGAAAUGGUGGCGCUCGUAGGGGCUCACACCAUCGGCCAAGCUCGAUGCACCUCCUUCAGGGAUCAUAUCUAUAACGACACCAACAUCGAUGCUUCGUUGGCCGCCGAAAGGAGGUCCGGUUGUCCCAGGACUCGGGGCUCCGGCGAUGGCAGCUUGGCACCUCUUGACCUGCAAACCCCGACAAGCUUCGACAACUACUAUUUCAAGAAUCUCGUCGCCAAGAAGGGCCUGCUGCACUCCGACCAGCAGCUGUUCAGCGGCGGAUCGACUGACUCGCUGGUGAAGGCAUAUGAUACUGACCCGAGCAAGUUCACGGCGGACUUCGUGGCGGCCAUGAUCAAGAUGGGGGACAUCAGCCCGCUCUCUGGAUCUCAGGGGGAGAUCCGCAAGAACUGCAGGAGAGUUAAUUAACUAGCCGAAUUAACCAAGUGUGAUGCCAUUAAUAAUACUGUUGUAAUAACGGACGAGGUUAUAACUGUGUGGCGGUCGUUGUGAUAUUAAUUAUCCUUGUUUUUUUUUUGUUUACAAGAUCACGAUGUUUCUGUGGGAAUCCAUGAAU